AUGGAGAAGAUGGGGGUCAGCGUGCUGGUGGGAGCUCCCAAGGCCAACACCAGCCAGCCGGGAGUGCUGCAGGGUGGUGCCGUCUACCUCUGUCCCUGGGGCACCAGCCCGGUACACUGCACCCCCAUUGAAUUUGACAGUAAAGGCUCUCGACUCCUGGAGUCAUUACUGCCCAGCCCAGAGGGAGAGGAGCCUGUGGAGUACAAGUCCUUGCAGUGGUUUGGAGCGACGGUUCGAGCCCACGGCUCCUCCAUUUUGGCCUGUGCUCCUCUAUAUAGCUGGCGCACAGAGAAGGAGCCGCUGAAUGAUCCCGUGGGCACCUGCUACCUCUCCACGGACAAUUUCACCCGAAUUCUGGAGUAUGCACCUUGCCGCUCAGAUUUCAGCUGGGCCGCAGGACAGGGUUACUGCCAAGGGGGCUUCAGUGCUGAGUUCACCAAGACUGGGCGCGUGGUCCUGGGUGGACCAGGGAGCUACUUCUGGCAAGGCCAGAUCCUGUCGGCCACCCAAGAACAGAUUGCCGAAUCCUAUUACCCCGAGUACCUGAUCAACCUGGUUCAGGGGCAGCUGCAGACCCGCCAGGCCAGUUCCAUCUACGAUGACAGCUACCUGGGAUACUCUGUGGCUGUGGGUGAAUUCAGUGGUGAUGACACAGAAGACUUUGUCGCUGGCGUGCCCAAAGGGAACCUCACUUAUGGUUAUGUCACCAUCCUCAAUGGCUCAGACAUCCGAUCCCUCUACAACUUCUCAGGGGAACAGAUGGCGUCCUACUUCGGCUAUGCAGUGGCUGCCACAGACGUCAACGGGGACGGGCUGGACGACUUGCUGGUGGGGGCACCUCUGCUCAUGGAACGGACAGCUGAUGGGCGGCCUCAGGAAGUGGGCAAGGUCUACAUCUACCUGCAGAACCUGGCUGGCAUGGAGCCCACCCCCACCCUCACCCUCACUGGCCAUGAUGAGUUUGGCCGAUUUGGCAGCUCCUUGACGCCCCUGGGGGACCUGGACCAGGAUGGCUACAAUGGUAAGCGCCAGAGGCCCCAGGAGCUGAGGAGGAGUCUGGAGCCUGAGUCAGAAGGGAACGAGUCAGAAUUCCGAGACAAGCUCUCCCCGAUUCAUAUCGCCCUUAACUUCUCCCUGGACCCCCAAGCCCCUGUGGACAGCCAUGGCCUCCGGCCAGUCUUACAUUACCAGAGCAAGAGCCGCAUCGAGGACAAGGCUCAGAUCUUGCUGGACUGUGGAGAAGACAAUAUCUGUGUGCCAGACCUACAGCUGGAAGUGUUUGGGGAGCAGAACCACGUGUACCUGGGUGACAAGAACUCCCUGAACCUAACUUUCCACGCCCAGAACGUGGGUGAGGGCGGCGCCUAUGAGGCCGAGCUUCGGGUCACAGCCCCUCCAGAGGCUGAGUACUCAGGACUCGUCAGAAACCCAGGGAACUUCUCCAGCCUGAGCUGUGACUACUUUGCCGUGAACCAGAGCCGCCUGCUGGUGUGUGACCUGGGAAACCCCAUGAAGGCAGGAGCCAGUAUCUGGGGGGGGCUGCGGUUCACAGUCCCUCAUCUCCGGGACACAAAGAAAACCAUCCAGUUUGACUUCCAGAUUCUCAGCAAGAAUCUCAACAACUCCCAAAGCGAAGUGGUUUCCUUCAGGCUCUCAGUGGAGGCUCAGGCCCAGGUCUCCCUUAACGGUGUCUCCAAACCCGAGGCAGUGCUAUUCCCAGUGAGCGACUGGCAUCCCCGAGACCAGCCUCAGGAGGAGGGAGAUGUGGGUCCUGCUGUCCACCACGUCUAUGAGCUCAUCAACUUGGGCCCCAGCUCCAUUAGCCGGGGUGUGCUGGAACUCAGCUGUCCCCAGGCUCUGGAAGGUCAGCAACUUCUCUACAUGACCAGGGUUACAGGACUUGGUAACUGCACCACCAGUCACCCCCCCAACUCACAGGGCCUGGAGUUGGAUCCUGAGGGUUCCCAGCACCACCUGCUACAGAGACGGGAAGCUCCAGGCCGGAGCCCUGCCUCCUCAGGACCUCAGAUCUUGAAAUGCCCCGAGGCAGAGUGUUUUAGGCUGCGUUGUGAGCUCGGGCCACUGCACCGGCAAGAGAGCCGAAGUCUGCAACUGCAUUUUCGAGUGUGGGCCAAGACCUUCCUGCAACGGGAGCACCAGCCGUUCAGCCUGCAGUGUGAAGCCGUGUAUGAAGCCCUGAAGAUGCCUUACCGAAUCCUGCCUCAGCAGCUUCCCCGAAAGGAACUUCAGGUGGCCACGGCGGUGCAGUGGACCAAGGCAGAAGGCAGCCACGGUGUCCCACUGUGGAUCAUUAUCCUAGCCAUCCUCAUUGGCCUCCUGCUCCUAGGUCUGCUCAUCUACAUCCUCUACAAGCUCGGAUUCUUCAAACACUCCCUCCCAUACGGCACUGCCAUGGAAAAAGCUCAACUCAAGCCACCAGCCACCUCUGAUGCCUGACUCCUCCCAGUCCCAGACUCCCAAGCCUCAAGGCCCAGUCCCCCCACCC